GGGGUGAAGGAGACAGAAUUAGACAUGUAUUGAAGAUAUCUUUUUCUUUUAAAACAUACCAGGAUUCAGGCUGAAUUUAACACAAUAACUUGAAAAUUCAUGGCGAACUCUAGUAUGAACUAUUUUUCAACGUGAGAUGCUAAAAGUUCGCAACGAAUUCAAGUAUGUACUUGUAUUCAAAAUGAAUUUCUGUAUGUCAAAUUCGUGCUGAAUUCGAGUAUGCUCCUUUCAACUCGAAUAGCAAAGGGUUCCAAUAAAUUGAGUGCUUUAGUCGGUUGAAAGCAACAGUCCUCCAGCUGCAGCAGCCGCCGCCGCCGAGAUAUUCAGGCUACACACAAAACAACAAUAAACUUGUUGAUAAGACAAGAAACGCGCAAAUCAUCUCCCGAUAAGGCUAAUGAACGGAUGAAAGUUCAAGCGUUCUGGCUAUCGUGAGCGGGGAAUGGUUAUCAACCUUAAGGUAAUAAUAGAACUCGGUAUGGGGUACACAAGAGAAAACAUUUGUCUUAACAUCAUGCUGGAGACAGAUUUGAAACAAUGUCCAGCUUGAUGACCCAACUGACUUAGUUCGCUGCAAAAAAAAAAGCCUCAUAUUUGAGAGCCGCUACGUCAUUACGUAUGAGAUUUUAGGCCAUUUUUAUUGCUUCUCUCGAGAGAUUCAUUAAAACUGAAACCGGUUUAAGGGGAACUGUACAGUUCAGCAAAAAAAAUUGCUCUGAUUAUGCCCAUUGAGUACAAUGCUUGCGGUUAUGCAAUUUUACCGGCACAAUUAGAGACACCUUGCAUGACCAGGAAACCUUACAACCCAACUUCUAAACAGCCCAAGACGAUAUUCUCCAGAUUGCACUUGCACGUAAUUCAAGACGGUUUGUCGUCUCACUUUGCAUAUACGCUAUACGUACGGAACCACAGCUGUGGGCAAAGCCGAUAUUCGUCAUUUCAUCAAAAGUACGACAAGAGAUGAAAGGUCAGUUUUGCUAGUGCAUUGAUCGACGACUCGUUGUCCAGUCAUUCUCAGUGUCGAGUGAAGAAGCGGUUCAAAGUUGAAUAAGUGUCUGCUUGUACGUCACGUCACAACAACUGAGCGUAAAGCGAAAAGUGCUGAAUCGGAACUCGAAACAGUUCAGCGGUGAAACUUUUGAACUUGAAGUGAUCAAGACGGUGUAGUGAGACUGAGAUAUUGCACUUGAUCCUAACCCGGGGUUAAAGAUCAUCGCCGAUUGUGGUGGUAGAUUACCGGAACUAAUUUAAGCAACCCCACUGGACGACUAAACGAUGGCAUCGGGACUUGUCUUGGUGUUGCUGGCGGCUCUCGUACAAGCUGGUUCCGGUCAUCGGAUACUAGGUCUGUUCGGACACCCCGGGCUGAGUCACUACAAGGUGUUCUACCCGAUCGUACGAGGACUCGUGGAAGCUGGCCAUGAAGUUACGGUUGUCAGCUACUUCCCUGGGCUGGGAGAACCGCACACGAAUCUCACCGAGUACGAGUUCAAGGGUCAGAAAGUGGUGACCAACGCGUUCAGCAUGGAGGACUUCUCCGGGCGCACCUUCAUGGAUAACUUCAAGGAGUUUUACUCGCUGGCCAUGUGGGGACACGAGACUUGCAAAGCUGCCCUGUCUUCGCCGGCGUUGGACCAAGUUCUGGCCGAACAUCGGCGGAAGCCGUUCGAUUUACUGCUGACGGAGUUCUUCUCCACGGAUUGCCUGCUUGGGCUGAGUCACGUGCUGCGACUUCCGCUUGUCGGUAUGAGCAGUUGCGCUCUGAUGCCGUGGCACUACGAUCGCGUGGGUCUUCCGGACAGUCCCGGGUACAUCCCGUCGGAGUUUAGUACCUUUUCGGAGCGUAUGAGCUUCCUGGAGCGGUUUGAGAAUUGGUUUGUGACGAGGACGACCAAGCUGCUGUAUCGGGUGGUGGAGUGGAACGACAAUCGACUGUUGGCGCAGAAAUUUGGCGAUGGAAUCCCGGAUGUUCGGGAUAUUGCGCGGAAUACCAGCUUGCUGUUGGUUAAUCAGCACUACACGUUGAGUGGAGCUCGGCCGCUUGUUCCGGCUGUCGUUGAAGUCGGUGGAGUUCACAUUGGACCGUCGAAGCCGCUACCUGACGAUCUUCAGCGCAUUUUGGACGACGCUAAAGAGGGUGUGCUGGUGAUUUCCUUCGGAUCGAUUCUACGUGCAUCGACACUUCCUACCGCGAAACGUGAAGCUCUGUUGAGUGCCUUGAAGCGGAUUCCGCUGAAGGUCAUCUGGAAAUGGGAGGAUGAAAACGCGAAGGAUAUGCCAAAGAACGUGAUCGUUCGUAAGUGGCUUCCUCAGAGGGAUGUCCUGUGUCAUCCGAAUGUCCGACUCUUUUUGAGUCACGGUGGAUUGCUCGGAGUGUCGGAAGCUGUCCAUUGCGCUGUGCCGGUUGUAGUCAUGCCGAUCUACGGUGAUCAGUUCUUGAAUGCGAUGGCGCUGGUGAACCGAGGAAUGGGAGUCAUCAUGCACUACGACAAGAUCGAUCCGGAUUACGUGCACGGUUGCAUUCAAGAAGGUCUUCGGAAGGAAGUUCACGACUCGGCUAUAGCCGUUUCGGCAGCGUUUCGUCAUCGUACGUUAUCCCCUUUGGAGCAAGCGGUUUGGUCGAUCGAGAAUGUCCUCACGCAUGGAUCCCGAAGGUUGGAGAAAUCUUACGGAAGUGAAGUGUCGAUUGCGAUGUACUACUCAUGGGAUGCGAUAUUCGUGUUUGGAGCGAUGAUUUUAGUUGUUUUGGUUUCUGUGAGAAAAGGUUUCAAGAUUGUUUUUGGGAAGAAAUGUGAUGUGAGAGGUCAAGGAAGAAAAGUGAAGCGGUCGUAAAGCAUAUUACUCGAGCAAGAUUUAUUUUUGACAAUUCUUACAGCAGGUUGUAGAUCAUAAGAAUUUGUCGCGUAGCUAGGAAAUUUUUAAUAAUAGAAUGUUGAACCACUUAAAUUUGUCAAUGCAAUC